GAUGAUAAAGGCAGGGCUUGAGUUGUGGCGGUGAUUACGAGUGAAGGAAGUUGGUGCUGGGUCUACAGCAGCCGCAGUUUUUACCGGUUCGUCUGACGCAGCAGCAGGGGAUGGAGCCGGAGGUUGUGACUUUCACCAUCCCCACAGAAAGCAAUAAAAUUGUCUUUGUGUGGAACAUAAAGUCGCAGCUGCCAGAGGGAGACAUCUAUUGUGCCAUGCUAAAGGUGUUUGCUGAAUUUGGACCUUUGUACUCGCUUAAGCUUUUUCCAAACGCUGGUGUUGCUGAGUCUGGUUACUACGCAGUCAUUAAAUACUACUCCUCAUGGUGUGCCAGAAGAGCCCAUGCAGCAUGUGACAAAAAAGCUCUCUUCCAGGACACUCCUCUGAAGGUGCAAGUCUGCAACAAACAGAAGGGAUUUCAGUACAAAUCUCUGGAGCUGUAUGGCCACAAAUGCCAGGAGCUGGCUAACUAUUACCUGGGAUUUAAUGGCUGGUCCAAAAGAAUAAUUGCACUCCAGAAUAUCUCUGGCCUGGAUGAUGAGGCAGAGGAGGAAGACUGUCCACAGGAACAGGCAAAGCUGAGAUAUUUGUGUGUUGUACAAGUGACCCUUCCUUAUCAUGGAGUUAGUAGCAGAGGAGUCGGCGUUGUACAGGAGAGUAUUGAGAAACAGAAUGACGCAACGGAAUUUCUCUUAAAGAAUGGAAAAUUGCAGAAAUAUGCUGUGCAAAGGGCUCUGUCUAAUGCUUUUCAGAAGAUCCUAUUGGUAGUUUUUGAUAAUGGCAAACUUGCUGUGGAAUUUAUGCAAGGUAAAGAUGAUACUGUGGACUGUUUAACAGAAGAAGAACUACAGGGUCUCAUCCAGGUGAAUGACUUUACUUGGACACCAUUGGAUCCAGGAGAUGGAGAGGAGCAGGAGAACCUGACCGAGCUCACAUUCCAGGAAGACACUUUGGUAGAUGGAGAAUAAGAGAAUAUUUAUUAGAUUAUUUUUGUACUUUAAAACCUUUCUAAAUUAUUUUUGUACUUUAAAAUUUUAUAAUAUGUGACUGAUUUAAAAAAAAAAUAAAUUUAAAUCUUUUUUUGUGUCAGAA